AUGGAGUCGAUAGCGAGGAUCUCGAGUCUCAUGGAGACUGCGAGGGAGCUCACCCUCGAUGCUGCCCAGGCGACGCGCGGUGCGCGCACGAGCUCGAGACCUCUGGAUCGGAACCAGAUGAGGAAGCUUCUGGAUAGUCGGAACGAGCGCGAAGUUCUUGAGGGUCUACGGCGCGUUAUGGCUAUGAUGUACCGAAACCACAAGACCCUACCCUUCUUCUCGUCCGUCGUCAAGAAUGUCGCCUCCCCGAACCUCGAAAUCAAGAAACUCGUCUACAUCUACCUAAUCCACCAUGCCGAGCAGGAGCCCGACCUCGCCCUCUUGUCCAUCAACACGAUACAGAAAUCCCUAUCCGACCAGAACCCCCAAGUCCGAGCCCUCGCCCUCAAGACCAUGUCGGGCAUCCGAGUCCCCGUGAUCAGCCAGAUCGUGUCCCUUGCCAUCAAGAAGGGCGUCGCCGACAUGAGCCCCUACGUACGCAAGGCCGCCGCCCUGGCGAUCCCCAAGUGCUAUCGAUUAGACCCGAGUCAGGCGCCGCAGUUGAUCGAUUACUUGUCGACUCUCCUGGGCGACAAGCUGUAUUAUGUGGCUGGAGCAGCUGUGUCGGCCUUCCUAGAGGUCUGCCCAGACCGGAUAGAUCUCGUCCACAAGCACUACCGAGCGUUGAUUAAGCAAGUGGUGGAUAUGGACGAAUGGAGCCAGCUGGCCACAAUACGACUUAUGAUGUAUUAUGCACGGAGGUGCUUCCCUCGGAAGUCGGAGCCUUCAGGGGACUCCGAGGAGCAAUCUCAGGACCAGAAUGUGGACGAUUUUUAUGGCGAGUCCCGCCAAGGGGGCCGAGGCCAGGGAUCGUCAGUGUUGGAUCCCGACCUGGCGCUGCUCCUGAAUGGCCUCAAGCCUCUUCUGCAGAGCCGCAAUGCCGGAGUCGUUGUCGCCGUGACUAGAUGCUACGUCGACAUUGGAACACCGGACUAUGUCAAGCUCGCAACCGGUCCCUUGAUUGCUCUUCUCCGUGGAGCUCAGGACAUACAGCAAACUGCGCUAUUCAACAUUGUUUCUGUAUGCCUUAUGCAGCCUGCCGACUUUGUCAAGUAUGCAAGCCACUUUCUUGUCCGAGCCACCGAUCCUGCUCCCGUCUGGGAGUUGAAGCUGGAGAUCUUGACUAUCAUCUUCCCCCACAGCCCACCCCAUGUCAAGAGUCUCAUCUUGAAAGAGUUGGAGCAUUUCUCGCAGGGAACUAACAAAGCUCUCGUCCGCGAGGCUGUCCGUGCAAUUGGCCGCUGUGCGCAGGCCGAUGUCACUACUGCCCCCCGAUGCCUGAAGCUGUUGCUAGGCCAGAUCACCAGUCUGGACGGUACUCUUGCAGCUGAGUCGCUGACGGUAAUUCGUCACCUGAUACAACAGGAUGUCCAGGGCCACAUCGGAACGGUGGUUCGGCUGGCGAAGAACCUCGACUCUGCUACAGAUCCUCAAGCGCGAGCGACAAUCAUCUGGCUGGUGGGUGAAUUCUCAGGGCUGAAUGGAGAGGACAACAUUGCGCCCGAUGUUCUCCGUAUCUUGCUCAAGGAGUUUUCCAGCGAAUCGCCAGCAGCCAAGCAGCAGAUUCUGCUUCUGGCUGCCAAGGUCUAUCUUCACCACCUUAACCGGAAGAGUGAGACAGAGCAGCAGAGAGAAGCGGAGGAAGACCCCCCUAUGGAGACAGACACCCAUCCUAUUGCGCGUCUCUGGGAGUAUACUUUGCUGCUCGUAAGGUAUGACAGAUCCUUCGAUCUUCGUGAUCGGGCAAGGAUGUACCGGUCCCUACUCGCUGUCCCUCAGCUGGCGACGUUGAUGCUUCUCGCCGAGAAGCCUGCACCACAGGCUCCGAGUCCAUCUGAAUCCCGAAAGGGCUUCUUGCUUGGUUCUGCCACUCUGGUACUCGCCGGUGGUGGCGCCAUUCAUGGACUAAGGGGGUACGAGCCUCUGCCUGACUGGGUAGAGGAGGGAAAGCAGCCUGACCGUCGCCUCCGUGAGCCCGAAGGAGGGCAGAGCUCCCGAUACGAUGUCGAGAGAAGCACACUCCCAGCUGGCGAAAGACUUGACGAGGCAGCCAAAACAUUUGUGCCUAGCAAGACAAACGGUACGGGUGAGGGUGUAGGUGCCAAGACUCUGGAUGACUGGCUCGCGGAGGAAGAAGAGGAGAGCGAAGAGACGGAAGAGGAAAGCGAGGAGGAAUCUACUGAUGAUGAGGAAGAAGACGAAGAGGAGGAGGACGAUGAUGAUGAUGAUGACGACGAGGAAGAGGAGACGGACAGCGACGAUGACGGGGAGACGGAUAGAUUGGUCAAAUCCUAA